UUGGGUCGGGAUUUAAGGCCGUCUUCCAAGUUCCAAUUGAGUACUGGGCGAACACUGAUAAACCCUAAGUAAACCCCUCCAUCGCCAUUCCCCCUUUACUUUCUCUCUCUACAAUCUACGCUUGUAAUUUGGUUCCUUCAAAUUUCCAAUUCCAAAAUAAGGGUCUCCAAUUCAACCAAAAAAGGGGGAGUUAUCAGAAAAUGUUGAGAAGGAACAUUCGAUUGAGGAGAGAGUAUCUCUACCGAAAAAGCUUAGAAGGCAAAGAGCGUUUGUUGUAUGAGAAGAAGCGCAAAAUCAGAGAAGCUCUUGAAGAUGGGAAGCCAAUUCCAACGGAAUUGAGAAAUGAAGAAGCUGCUCUUCGUCAAGAAAUCGAUCUUGAAGAUGAUUACACUGCCAUUCCUAGGUCCCUUAUUGAUGAUGAGUAUGCCAAGGCUACUGAACGAGAACCAAAGAUUCUUUUAACUACAUCAAGAGAUCCUAGUCAGCCCCUUACGCAAUUUACAAAGGAACUGAAGUUUAUCUUUCCUAAUGCAGAACGAAUGAAUAGAGGUAGCCAGGUAAUAAAUGAGAUAAUUGAAUCUUGCCGUGCUCGAGAUUUCACAGAUAUUAUAUUGGUUCAUGAGCACCGUGGUGUGCCUGAUGGACUAAUUGUUUGCCAUUUACCUUUCGGUCCAACUGCAUAUUUUGGAUUACACAAUGUGGUUACCAGACAUGACAUCAAGGACAAGAAUUCAAUUGGAACAAUGCCAGGGGCUUUUCCACAUCUCAUUCUUAACAAUUUCACAACCAAGCUAGGGGAACGGACUGCAACCAUCCUAAAGCAUCUAUUCCCUGUACCAAAGCCAGAUUCAAAACGGAUAAUCACUUUUGCUAACCAGUCUGACUAUGUUUCGUUCAGACAUCAUGUCUAUGAAAAACAAGGGGGUCCAAAAUCGAUUGAACUUAAGGAGAUUGGUCCUCGUUUUGAACUACGGCUAUAUCAGAUUAAGCUAGGGACCGUGGAGCAGAAAGAAGCUCAGAAUGAAUGGGUAUUGAGACCAUACAUGAAUACUACCAAGAAGAGGAAGUUUCUUGGGGAUUGAUUCUGUCGAUUGAUCUUAUUGACAUGAUGUAGGCUGUUACCUUCCUUUUUUCUUCUCUUUGAAAUCAAAGACAAAUCAACCUGAAAUGUUUCCUUACAAUGCUUUCACACUUGCCUUUGGUUCGAUAUGCAAAUUUAUGUUGUAAUUUGUAAACAGUUUUGACUCUUUUGCUGAUAUGAAAUAUUAAUUAUUUUAA